CAUAACCCGAUGAUGUCUAAGCUUCGAAAUUACCGGAAAGACCUUGCCAAACUCCAUCGGGAAGUGAGAAGCACACCUUCGACAGCCACGCCUGGGGGCCGAGGAGACAUGAAGUAUGGUACACAUGCCAUAGAGAACGAGCACAUGAAUCUGCUUCAGUCUCAAAGGGCAUUGCUUCUGCAAGGCACUGAAAGUCUGAACCGAGCCACCCAAAGUCUUGAGUGUUCUCAUCGGAUUGCCACAGAGACUGACCAGAUUGGCUCAGAAAUCACAGAAGAGCUGGGGGAGCAACGAGAGCAGUUGGAACGUACCAAAGGCACACUGGUAAACACAAGUGAAAACCUGAGCAAAAGUCGAAAGAUUCUCCAUUCAAUGUCCAGAAAAGUGAUAACCAACAAGCUGCUACUUUCCAUUGUCAUCCUGCUGGAGCUGGUCACCCUGGGAGUCCUGAUCUUCUACAAAUUCUUUCACAAGCAUUGAACUUUCUAAGUGGAGGAGUGGGGACCAGAACUCUGACCCUGUGA